AUGGCAAAGCUGAAUAACAUUCGAGUCAAAGGGCUACUGUUGACCAAACCGUCCAACCCACUGGGGAUGAUUAUCGAUGGUGACAGCUUGAGAAGCAUCGCCGCCUUCACCAACGAGAAGAACAUCCACCUGAUCUGCGAUGAGAUCUACUUCACCACGUCUUCGGCAAGCCCAACUACAUCAGCAUGGCCGAGAUCGUCGACGAGGACCGGAGGAGCGGCGGCGGCAAGAACAGUCUCAACCUAG